AUAUUAGUUUUCUUUUUGUUGUGUUUGCUUGGCGAAGGCUUUCCAAUCCUCAAAUUGUUAUUAAUGUUUUAAAUUGCGAAGACCUUUUUGUAUUUUACCAAUACAAGCAAUAUUAUCUUUCAUAAUUAUUAAGUGUUUAGAUAUAUAAUGUCAGAAGUCGAAGAAUUUAACCAACAGAAACCUGGGAAAAGCGGCAAACAACACAAUAUAUUACCAAUAUGGGGUAAUGAACAAACUAUGAAUCUGAACCCUUUAAUUUUAGCAAAUAUCCAAGGUUCUAGCUACUUCAAAGUGCACUUAUUCAAGUUGAAGACUUAUCAUGAAGUUGUGGACGAAAUAUAUUACCAGGUGAAUCACUUAGAGCCUUGGGAACGCGGCAGUCGCAAGACAGCUGGACAAACUGGCAUGUGUGGCGGCGUCCGUGGUGUAGGUGCUGGUGGUAUAGUCUCUACAGCCUUCUGUCUGUUAUAUAAGUUGUACACUCUCCGGCUCACACGUAAACAAGUUAACGGCCUACUUCAGCACACUGACUCUCCCUACAUCAGAGCUCUUGGUUUCAUGUACAUAAGAUACACACAGCCACCGGCAGAUCUGUUUGACUGGUAUGCAGAUUAUUUGGAUGACGAAGAGGAGGUGGACCCCCGUGCUGGCGGCGGCGGGCCUACCACAGUAGGUGCGCUAGUACGCCAGAUGCUGAUCAAACUAGACUGGUUCAGCACACUGUUCCCCAGGAUACCAGUCCCUAUCCAAAAGCAGAUUGAACAGAAGUUAGCAGAACACAAUAGGCAGUCUGCAGCGGCCAAGCCUGCGAGCAACUUCCGUGGCGGCGGCGGAGGCAGCGGUAGCGGCAGCUCCUACAACCCCGGCCGCAUGGAGUCUGACCGCCGCGACCAUGACGACCGGGACAAGAGGGACUACGGCGAACCUGACAGAUAUGCAAAAGAUAGAGCGAAACGUGAUGAUAGAGGCGAUAGAGGCAAGGAGCGAGAUCGAGAUCGGCGCGACAGAGAUAGAGACCGCGAUCGCGACAGGGACCGUCGCGACCGUGUACGCCACCGCUCGCGCUCACGCGACCGCACCCGUCAUCGCUCGCGCUCUAGAGACCGCCGCUAUAGAUAAUAGAUGCAUUGACACUCACCUAAUGUUAUUAUGUGUUUUAAGAAUUAAUAAUAUCUACAGUUUAUUAA